AUGUUUGCAUGCAAAAUUGAAGAAGAUUACGAAUUCAAAUCAGCUGAUGAAACAUUUGAAAACUUCAUUCAGCCAGAAAUACAAAUGAAUAAAUAUAUUAAAGAUUAUAAAACAGAUAAUAUAAUGAUGGGUGAAAGCAAUAGAUAUGUGGCAUCAUUGUGUUGGAUUUCGAAAUACAAAGACACAAUUAGAAACAAUGAAUGGUAUGCAAUUAUACGACUUCAACAAUUGUUAAAAAUGCUCAAGAAGCGAGAAUUAAUUCAAGAAUAUGAUAACAAAUUUAAAGAAAUGAUCGAAGCGGGAUAUGUCGUCAAAGCAGCACGAAAUGAAAUUCAAUACUUUUUACCACAUCGACCAGUUAUAAAAUCGGAAAGAACAACAACAAAGUUGCGUAUUGUAAAAGAUGGAACCUUUAAUUCAAGAAAUCAAACAUCAAUUAAUCAAGCAUUGUAUAAAGGAAUAGUAGCAGCCGAUGUAAUGAAAACGUUAAUUCGGUUUCGUGCAAAGAAAAUUGGGUUUACAGCGGACAUUGAAAAAGCUUUCUGGCAAAUUAAGGUAGCAGAAAACGACCAAAGUUACUUAGGCCUAAUUUGGAUCGAUUCACAAGAAAAAUUCGAAUAUUUUAAAAUGACUGUUGUACCGUUCGGAUUAACAUGUUCGCCAUUUAUAUUGCAAUCUACUAUACAGAAGCAUUGUGAAACAACGAAAUUACAUCCAGAAGUAGCAAGUGAAUUGUCAUCGAAAUUUUAUGUUGAUGAUUAUGUGAAUAGCGUAGACAGUAUAACAAAUGCAAUCGAACAACGAACAAAAAUCACUGAAAUAUUACGUGAAGCUAAUUUCAACAUUAGAAAAUGGACCAUGUCUGGUGAUAAUACAGACCCUAAUCGCAUUUUGGGAAUAUGGUGGAAUCCUCAAACUGAUAUGAUUAAUUUAUGUGAAUCCAAGUUUGAAAUUCCGAUAAAAUUCACACGAAGAUGUAUUCAAUCAAUAUGUGCAAAAAUCUUUGAUCCAUUAGGUCUGAUAUCACCAGUGAAAAUUCUCUUACGAAAAUUUAAUCGAGAAGCAUGUCAAUUAAAGCUAGAAUGGGACGAUGAAGUGCCUAUCGAAAUGAAUAAAAAAGUUCACGAAGCUGUAACGAAUAUGAAUGAAUUAAUCAAAACAAUGAAAAUGCGAAGAACAAUUGAAAAUUCAGAAUCCAUUUCAAUCUAUUGUGAUGCAUCGGCUGUAGCAUAUGGAGCUGUGGCAUAUUUGUGUAAUGAAAAAGAGAAGAUAUUGCUCGUAUCGAAAAAUUAUCUCUCUGGUAAAACUACAAUACCGGAAUUAGAAUUUCAAGCAGCAAUAGUUGGGAUCCGCCUUAUGGAAACAUUAAAACCAAUUUUUCCCGACCAUCAAAUGAUGAUGACGAAAGAUGACGAUGAUGAUCGUUAA